AAAUGCACGCGGUGGGUUUCUCACUGUAGACUUCAUUCAGUCCCAUUUGGCAUAGAAGGCCUUCGCCCAAUUUCAGCCGUUUUUUCACUUUUCCCUAUAUCGAGUUGCGCUUCCCCUUUCCUUGCCUAACUCACCCCACCGUUCCGUCUGUCGUCGCCCUCCACUCUCCGGUCUCUCCCUCCCUCCCUCUCUCUCUCUGUCUAUCAACUCUUUCCGAACGCGCUAAGAGUUCCCUAAACAAAAACCCGAACUCUCUAGCUUAUUAUUAAACACAUUCUCUCUCCGGUAAAGAUUGAAUUCUUCUUCCUUUUCUUUCACUCAGUGGUUCGCUCACUUGGGGUUAGGGUUUCGUAAAUUGCCUGUCCAAUUCUCUUCUCCUCUCUGUAAUGCUUCAAAUUACACCCGAGAUUCGCCAAUGUACACUCCUUCGCAGCCUAUGAACGUUCACAAUCAGAUCGUCUCUACUGGCGUUGACGACGACGGUGCCCCAGCCGAUCCCAUCGAUCACCACCAUCACAUUCACUACGAAGACGGCACCCCUGCAGUCGUCGUCGAAGACGUCUCUCCCGAUUCCGUCUACGUUGCCGCCGGUGUCGCUGCGUCGGAACUCGGGAUUCAGCCUAGUGAUUGUUCGAGUCAGCUCACCCUGACGUUUCGUGGACAAGUUUAUGUUUUCGAUUCCGUUACCCCUGACAAGGUUCAAGCUGUAUUGUUAUUACUGGGAGGAUCUGAAUUAACUCCUGGUCUGGAAAUGACUACUCAAAAUCAAAGGGGUGUGGUGGAGUACCCACCGCGGUGUACUCAACCUCAACGAGCAGCUUCAUUAAGUAGGUUCCGGCAGAAGAGAAAAGAGCGAUGCUUUGAUAAGAAAGUUAGAUAUGGUGUCCGUCAGGAGGUUGCACUCAGGAUGCAGCGCAAUAAGGGUCAAUUUACCUCUGCCAAGAAGUCUGAGGGAGGAUAUGGCUGGGAUGCUGGUCAGGAUUCAGCACAAGAUGAUAGCCAACAUGAAACCUCGUGCACACACUGUGGCACUAAUUCAAAAUCCACUCCAAUGAUGCGGCGGGGUCCAUCUGGUCCAAGGUCUCUUUGCAAUGCCUGUGGGCUUUUUUGGGCAAACAGAGGAACUUUGAGAGAUCACUCCAAGAAAGCCCUGGAACAUUCUGUGGCUCCAAUUGAUCUGGGUGAAACAGAAGCCAACGAAUCGGACUCUGUCCCUGCUAUCGAUACACAUGACAAUCCUGUUACUUACGCCAAUGGUGGUGAUACGGCCUUAAUAACAGAUCAUUGACCGAGUUUCUGAGUUGUAUUUCAAGAAUGGCUACUGUAAUCGCGUCAAUUCAUGUUGAAGGUUUUAUAGCAAUUAAUUCCUGCUUGUCCUGUGGAAUGUACAGAUAUUAUAGUGCUAUCAUCAAUACAUGAAGUUAUCUUGUCCUUACCUUAAGCAGUGUAUGAGAUUUACCUCUGGAGGAUUCUGCUUUGAUGUAUAACAUAAAAGUUUCAAUGAUCUAUGUUGGUAGUUUCAUAUA